CACCCGGGUUGGGUGGCGGCCGUCGGCACCCCAUGUUUAAACCUCGUGGUUACGUGUGGGACCACAGUCCUCUCCGAGCAUCCUGCACCCCGCUUCUUGUGCUCACCCCUCAGUCGGCUGUCGUUCCGGGCUCCGGACGCAGUUACGGUCUCCCAAACUGCCACAGAGCCUCCCUUAUCUUCUCUGAGCCUGAUGCUUCCCAGAUCGGUUGUAGGAUGGGCUCCGUUCACCACCGUCCUUCCCUGGUCCCACCACAGCGGGAGAUUCUGUGACCCCCAAGUAUGCAAGAAUCUUGAAUAUAAUGUAUCCGGAAAGUGUCCAGCAAGGGAAAACUAUCCGGGACCUCAUGUGGGCAACCCCUCACUGUGUCCGGACCCGGUGAGGGCGCCUCCUAGACCCAAAACUACUGGACUUCACAUUUUCGUCCCAGUUCAGCAGCGGUGCGGUACUCCCAAGCGCCUUUCGCAGCGCAUUCCACUACUGACACUUGAUUCAACACUGUGUAAGUGUUGUACUUAUUUGUCUCCGCAGCCAAUUCUGGAACAACCAUGCCACCAUCUUUGCAUGUUCCAAAAGCACAACACUACCCAAGUGGAAGUGGCAAAGAGGAAUGAACGCUAAAAGUGCUGCUGAAAUAGUGUCCGGCCACGGGAAAUAUGUAGGCGGAAGACCUGUUAUCUCCCUCCAGAAUGGACUUCCUGGUUCUCUUCUUGUUCUACUUGGCCUUCUUAUUGAUCGCUGUUGUCAUGAUCUGCAUCUUCACAAAAAACCAGCAUUUGAAAAGCCUGGUCCUUGGAGGAGCACAGGUGUGCUCCUGUGUAAUCCCACAGUGCCUUCAGAGGGCCACGCAGAGGCUUCUGUAUCAGCUCUUCCACACACGCAACCCCACCUUCAUCGUCCUGCACCUGCUCUUGCAAGGGCUAGUUUAUGCUGAGUACACCUUCGAAAUAUUUGGCUACUGCCGAGAGCUGGAGUUCUAUCUGCCUUACCUUCUCCUGCCCUAUCUGCUGCUGGGCCUGAACCUGGUAUUCUUCACCCUGACGUGUUCAGCCAAUCCAGGCACCAUCAAUAAAUCCAAUGAGUCAUUCCUUCUGCAAGUCUAUGAAUUCGACGAUGUGAUGUUCCCAGAGAACUCAAGGUGCUUCACUUGUGACUUACGGAAACCGGCCCGGUCCAAGCACUGCAGGGUGUGUGACCGCUGUGUGCACCGUUUUGACCAUCACUGCAUUUGGGUGAACAACUGCAUUGGUGCCUGGAACACCAGGUACUUCCUCAUCUACCUCUCGACACUGACAGCAUCGGCUGCCACCGUAGCCAUACUGAGUGCUGCCUUUCUGGUCCGACUAGUGGUAGUGUCAGAUCUGUACCAGGAAACUUACAUUGAUGAUUUUGGGCAUUUCCAGUCCAUGGACACAGUCUUUCUAAUUCAGUACCUGUUCCUGGCUUUUCCAAGGAUCCUCUUCCUGCUGGGCUUUGUCAUGGUACUGUGCUUGCUCCUGGCUGGCUACCUGUGCUUCCUUCUGUACCUGGCUGCCACUAACCAGACCACAAAUGAGUGGUAUAGAGGUGACUGGGCCUGGUGUCAGCACUGCCCUCUGGUGGCCUGGUUCCCGUCAGCUGAGCCUCACAUCUAUCAGAACAUUCACUCCCAUGGGUUUUGGAGCAACCUUCGAGAGAUCUUUCUACCUGUGAUCCCCUGUUAUGAGAAAAAGAGGAAAUAGAACGGGAAGUGGUAUUUUGAAUAUAGUACACAUCUA